GUUGACAUUUCACAGCGAACGGGUAUGCAUCUUUUAACUGUUACAAGUUCCUCUGGCUCUAAUGCCGAGAAACCGCCACAGAAGAAGAAGAAGAAAGUGCAUGGUCCGAGGCCAUCUUCGCUCUUGCUACUUCCAGAUGAAUUAUCUCUGAACUGUUUAGCACGCGUGCCUCGAUGUUACCACCCGUCGGUCUCACUGGUGUCCACAACCUUGAGGCGUCUCAUCGCUUCGCCGCAGAUUUACGUAGAAAGGUCACUACUUCGCCGGACGGAGCACGUCCUUUACGUUGCGCUUAGAUCUGAAGUUACAGAAACCCCUCGAUGGUACACUCUCAAUCUCAAACCUUUCGGACAACAACAAGAAUCUGGAGUAGUUAAACACAGUUUGGUUCCUGUCCCGUCGUUCCCUUCGGUUCCUCCUUGGGGAAUGUCUAUCGUCACCGUCGGUUCAGAGAUUUAUGUUAUCGGUGGAUGCGUCGACGAAAAGUUCGUCUCCAUUGGGUUUGUCAUCGACUGUCCAUCGCAGACGUGUCGCUUCCUCCCUAGCAUGAAGCAAGAACGCGGCUGCGCCGCCGCAGGAAUCGUGGACGGGAAGUUGUACGUGAUCGGAGGGUGUAACCCUCGGUCUUUGAACUGGGUGGAGGCUUUUGAUCUAGAGACUCAAACUUGGGAGACUGAAGAGUGAGUAAACAACGUGGAGGUGUACGAGAAAAUGAUCAGGAGUUUCGUGAUGGGCGAUAAGAUCUGCGUCAUGGAUCGAAAGAAUAGCUUUUUUUACGAUCCCAAAGAAGGGAGUUUUGAGAUGGACCCGUUGUUGAACAAACAGUGGAGUGUGGGUUCUUGCGUGAUUGAUGACAAGUUGUACUCGUUUGGUCGGGAGAAUGUGUUUGGUCGGAAGAAUACGAUAUGGGAGUUUGAUACUGUCGGGAGGGUUUGGAGGGAAGUGAAGGGUCUUGAAGGUCUUCCUGAUAAGGCUGAAGGAUCCAAAAUGGUGAAUUAUGGUGGCAAACUUGUGAUUUUGUGUAACCUUCAAGAGCGUUUGACGGAGAUUUGGUAUACAGAGAUUGAAUUGGAAAGGAGGGAAGGAGGAGAGGUUUGGGGGACGAUCUUGUGUUCUAGUCUUGUGCUGGCUUUGGAAGAUGCAUAUGUUGUCUUACGAUCUCUAGCUGUGUCAUUUUGAAAACGUAAUGGAGCAGCCUGGUCUGGUGUGUUCGAGAUGAAAAUCUAAGGCUAUAAACUAUUGGAUGUUGAAUUUUCUUGCCCUUGUUUCUUUCUGGUACAAAUCUUUGGAAGUUGUUAUAUUUAUUUAUGAAUAGCUUUGUGACCUUAUCG